AUGCAAAUCGUUGCGAUCGCAGAUACGACUACCACUAGGCAGUCCGGUGACAAUUCGCUGCAUAGGAGGAAAACUCUGCUCACAGACAACAUAGCGGAUGGACUGAACUUUCGCUUCAUCCGCACUGAGUAUCAGAGCGGAGACGCAGCCUUGGAGUCACCGAGACAUCACCUUGCAUUCCAGCAAAUCUGCUUCGCCGAAGCUGGCUCCGUCAACUACGCACCUGGCCAUAAUAUCCCCUAG